AAAAUCGGAGGAGAAUAGACCCUGGCUGGCUCAUUACUAGGAAAGAGGCGUCAUCUGCCUCCAUAGAAAGCAAGGGAGUGUUUAUUUGCCUUUGCGCCCUGUACAUAGCUUACCUAACGAGGAGAUGGUUUUAUUUUGACGAACGGCUGAUUUUCAUUAGGGGUAGGAUUUUUUUUUAUUAGCGACGCACCGCUGGUUGAGGCUUCGUCGUCAAUGUGGCCAUGAAUCCGGCUGAACAGACGGUGACAUGGCUCAUCACCCUCGGCGUGCUGGAAUCGCCGAAAAAGACCAUUUCGGACCCCGAAGGUUUUUUGCAGACAUCGUUAAAAGAUGGGGUGGUGUUAUGCAGACUGCUGGAGCGACUGCGUCCAGGCACUACAGAGAAAAUUUACCAGGAACCUAAGAACGACAACGAGUGCUUGAACAACAUCAAGGAGUUUCUCAAAGGCUGCACCGCGUUUCGGGUCGAGCCCUUCGAGCCCAGUGAUUUGCUGCAGGGCCAGAACCUCACCAAGGUCCUCAGCACUCUGGUGGCUCUUAACAAAGUCACUGCAGACAUCAGUGUGGGUGGUGACUCUGUGGGCUCUCGCCUCUCCUCCACGCCGCGGAUCAAGUCCUUUGAGUCUCUGUCCUCACAAUCCUCCCUGGCACGAUCCUCUAAGUCUCUCCACAACCAGUUCCGGAGCCUGGACAUGACUGAGAACAGCAAUGCCCAGCUGGUGGUGAAGGCUCGCUUCAACUUCCAGCAGACCAAUGAGGACGAGCUGUCCUUCUCCAAGGGUGACAUCAUCCAUGUCCUCCGCACCGAGGACGGAGGCUGGUGGGAGGGCAGCUUCAGCGGCAAGACCGGCUGGUUCCCUAGCAACUACGUCCGUGAGAUGAAAGAGAAGCCUGUGUCCCCCAAAUCUGGUACACUGAAGAGCCCCCCAAAAGGGUUUGACACCACUGCCAUCAGCAAGACCUACUACAACCUGGUGCUUCAGAACAUUCUAGAGACCGAGACGGAAUAUUCCAAAGACCUGCAGAACCUUCUGUCCAAUUACCUGCGCUCGCUCCAAAACACAGACAAGCUCAGUAGCUCAGACAUCAGCGUCAUCCUGGGCAAUCUGGAGGAGAUCAGCACGUUCCAGCAGACUCUCGUCCAGUCCCUGGAGGACAUCACCAGACACCCAGAGACGCAGCAGAGGGUGGGAGGCUUCUUCCUCAAGCUCAUCCCCCAGAUGAAGUCUCUGUACGUGUGCUACUGCUCCAACCACCCCUCCACCGUCAACGUCCUGAUGGAGCACAGUGAGGAGCUGGGGGAGUUUAUGGAGAGUAAAGGGGCCAGCAGUCCCGGCAUCCUCACCCUGACCACAGGCCUGAGUAAGCCCUUCAUGAGGCUCGACAAGUACCCCACCCUGCUCAAGGAGCUCGAGAGGCACAUGGAGGAGGGUCAUCCUGAUAGGCCAGACAUUCAGAAGUGCAUGACUACAUUCAAAAGCCUCUCGGCACAGUGUCAGGAGGUGCGCAAGCGCAAGGAGCUGGAGCUGCAGAUCCUGACGGAGAGCAUCCGUCUGUGGGAGGGCGAGGACAUCCACACGCUGGGCUCCGUCAUGUACAUCAGCCAGGCCAUGGUGCAGAACCACAGCUCCGAGGAGAGACAUGAGCGCUACCUCCUGCUCUUCCCUCACGUGCUGCUCAUCCUCUCUGCCAGCCCCAGGAUGAGUGGAUUCAUCUUUCAGGGGAAGCUGCCAUUGACAGGCAUGAUGGUGACCAAACUAGAAGAGUCUGAAAGCCACAAAAAUGCCUUUGAGCUGUCUGGGAGCAUGUUUGAGCGGAUCAGGGUGAUGUGCUUCACACAGCAGGACCAGCAGGACUGGCUGGAUCACCUGACGCGCCAGACCAAACACACCUCCAUGACGGCGCCCAGCCUCAAGCCCCUCACCGUGCCCUGCCACACGCUCCCCUCCCACCCCCUGACCCCGUCCCGUCAGUCGGAGAGCCGGGGGCUGACGGUGGGCCCUGCCUACCACACGCUGCCGCACCCCUCGUCCCACGGCGCCCCGCACAGCACCAUGAUGUGGGGCCCGCUGGAGCCGCCCAAGACCCAGAAGCCCUGGAGCCUCAGCUGCCUCCGCCCAGCACCCCCCCUCCGGCCCUCCGCCGCACUCUGCUACAAGGAGCAGGACCUCAGCAAAAGCCCCAAGAGCAUGAAGAAGCUGCUGCCCAAGCGCAAGCCUGAGCGGAAGCCGUCUGAUGAGGAGUUUGCCCUGCGCAAGAGUACGGCAGCUCUGGAGGAGGAUGCUCAGAUCCUGAAGGUGAUCGAGGCCUACUGCACGAGUGCCAAGACCAGGCAGACUCUCAACUCAACAUGGCAAGGGACAGACCUGAUGCACAACCACGUGCUGGACCAGUCCAGUGUGGACCCUCUGGGCCGCCGUAGCAGCGUAUCUCGGCCGGAGGGCAGCUCGGACCUGUCGGAGGACUCGGACUAUGACAGUAUAUGGACGGCCCACAGUUACAGGAUGGGGCCCAUGACUCGUAAGAGCUGCAGCUCCUAUAUCUCCCACCAGAACUAAAACAAACAAACAAACAAACAGACAGACAAACAAACAAACGAAAACCAAAUGAUGACCUCGGCACUCCUCCUGCCCCCCCAUGCACUCCCUUCCCAGUGCAGUCUCACUGUUCAUAGACCAGUCCUUUGAGUUUGCUUCUUAUAUCGUUUCAUUUUAUUUAUGUUGUGCAUUUUAUUUAUUUGCUCUAUUAAUCCUUGUGUAUUUAUUCAUCAUUGUAUUAUUAUUAUUAUUAUUAUUGUUUAUUUAUUUAUUUAUUUUUGUAUGCGAUUUAACCAGGCUACAUGUUUGUCUCUGUGUUUUAUUUUUUUGAUCCUGUGUCUCUCUGUAUGUGUACAUAUUUAUUUAUUUAUUUGUUUAUUUAUUUAUUGUUUAUUAUGUGUAUGCACUUAUCGGUUAUGCCCUGUCAAUUGACCACUCGACCGCUCCCUUUGAUCUAUCAUUCAUUCAUGCCGCUUUUAUUUUGCACGGGAAUGCCAACCCCCAACCCCCCGCCCCACCACCCCUGCCCAUUUAUAAUUCAUCCUUGUAAAAAAAAAAAAAAAAACAGCCCAUGGGCUUCUACCACCAGAGCUGCUCUAUUGUUACCUAUUAACUGAAGUAAACCUGACCGAAGCCAAGGCCUUGUAGGAGAAGCUCUCUCCAUAGUGAGGUUUGGACUUCCUUUUUCUCCAACUACAGACCCUCUCCUUUGACAUGUGUGUGUCACUGUGUAGAUCACAAUUUUGGUUCUGUCUUGAGGUUGAAGUUACCAGGUUAACUUCAUUUUAGGAUCAAAGAUUACUGAAUAAUUUCAACAACAAGGGUACUGACAAAUGAAAUCGGAAUCAAGACAGGUGGUAUUGUUAAGGAACUUCCUCUUCUUAUGACUACUAUGGAAACAUGGUGUUAACAGAAAAUGAAGUUUGGUGUUCAGUACCAGUUCAGCACAAAUCAAGGUCAAAAUAAUGAAAUUACAUUUGUUCAAGGUCAUUAUACAAUGCUGCAGGUAGUGUUGGGACAGUUGCACAAACUCUUGUCAUGUAUUAACGAUCCCCCCCCUGAAUUCUUAAUUUUAUAUGUGUACUGUAUUUUAAAAAUUAUUUUUGUACACUUACGGUAUGCUUGUUUGUAAGUUUCCUUUACUCGUGUGUUUUAAGAGUUUAUGACUGUAUGUCAAACGUUUACGCCGAAAUGGUAUGAAAGUUUACAAAACAAAUGUGUUGAUGUUGGUGGUGUUGUUCUUGAUGGGUUGUUGUGAAUUUGUUGUAAAUCAGGUACAGUAUGAGAGCUAUAAAUAUGAAGAGAUGGCAGAUGUCUGAGCCUUUGGGGUGAAAUCUCCCUCUUUCUCUCUCUCUUCCUUUCUCUCUCACGGUCUCUCUCUGUCUUUCUCUCCUUUCUUCUCUUGCCUUUUCUCUCUCUCCCUUUCUCCAUAUUUCUCUCCUCUCUCUUUCUCCAUUUUUCUUUCCUCUCCCCCCCCCCCCCCCCCCUCCCCUCCCCUCUGUUUCCAAGCUCCAGACAUUCAAUGUUUACGAAGCGGGUGAGCCCUCCUAUUCUUUGUCCCUUAUUAUUGUAAAAAGUGCUGUUUAUUUCUUUCUUCAAGGCAACAACAUAGAAAUAACUGUCUUGCCAAACAUCCUGCAAGUAUUAGAUCAAAGAAUAAGAGAAUAUAAAGUCUACAGUAUGUGUUGUGUUCUAUUCUAUUCUCUGUGACUCAAUACUGUCGUCGAGAAAAAGAAAGAAAAAAAAGAGAAUCGGGACUUUCUUUUCCAAUGUUGUACCGUAUCUAUUACAAUGCUGUGUACGAAGUAAAACCUUGCAAGUGAUGUUUUAUGGAAAACAUAAAAUGAAACAGUACUAAAAUGGUUGUUCAAAAAAACAAAAAAAGGGGUCAAAAAUCAAAA